UAAAACCGCGAAAUGGCUACUCCCUUCGCCUGAAAGCCCGGACAUGUGUGCCAUUUUCAAAAUAGCGACCUGCUACUCGGGGGUUACGAGGAUAGUUGCAUACAUAUGGGUAAACAUGUUGGUAAACGGGAAACCAGAGAACGACCACUCUACUUCCAUUCAGGAAACGAAGGUGUGCACUAGAUUCAAUCACUGCCAUUACAUGUAGAAGGUAACCUACAUUAAAACAAUUGAUGGAUUUGACCCUAGUGCAGUUAUUGGAAUCUAUGUGCUGCUACGUUAACCGUUAUGGAUUUACUGCUCUUGAAAAAGACGUCGCCUAGUGUUUGCUCUCCCUACUAUUGGUCAACCGCUCCCUCAAUCAAUCAAUGAACGGGCUCUUCCAAGUAAAUACGUCAGGGUUAGUAGUAGCCAAUUGCCAGGACGCUUUAUUCCGACUCUCUGGGAUUCCUCGAAAUUGUUCCUUGGAGUUGGGAGGACUCAUUGCUCUUGCAGUAAAAUAGAACAAGUUGUCGCAUGUGAGCGCACAGACAAUCUGGUUAUCUCAACAGCGAACUUAUCUUGCUUCGUUCUGUGAUAUUUACACGCGAGGACAUGCUUUUGUCUAUUUUGUUUGUUCCAAGUUAACAGACGGAUGUAUUUAAGUGAAAAACAGACAAACAUUUAAGUUGACACGUGUGGAUGUCUCACCACGUUUCCUGACCUUCCUGUGGCGAAGUGAUUCAGGGAAGCUGAUGCGCACGUUUUGUUUUCUAUCUCAAGUCGGAAUUGUUUGAGCGGGUUUAUCGGUGAUGAUGAUGUCGGAAACUGAUGUCGACGCUAAAUGUUUAGUCUCAAUUUCAAAUCCACAGUCUACAGGGCACGGUUGUCCAGAUAUUGGGGAAACUGAUGACUUGACCAAAGAAAACCAGGAGAACAGGACUUUAUUGAUGGUGGCGAUGAUUUUGUUGGACCUAAAUAAAUGCGACCAAAGCACACUUAACGUAUCAUCUGGCGUGGGCACUACAAGGUGCUUGGCAGAGAGUGUUACCCAAAACCAGGAUAUGGGACACCGUGGUCGCCGGUUAACCGGAGACCGUCGGGGUAAUGGUCGGGUGCGAAAGGAAGCAAAUCAGUCUUGGAACAAGAAGACGGUGAUUAUGCCGGUGUCUACCGAUAAGAGGCAUUGCUGUCCUUUUUCCGGCUGCGGGAAAAUGUAUGGCAAGUCAUCUCACCUCAAAGCCCACUUGAGGGUACACACUGGCGAGCGACCCUUCCAGUGCACCUGGCCCGACUGCUGUAAGAAGUUCUCCCGCUCGGACGAGCUCACCCGCCACUACCGCACGCACACCGGCGAGAAGCGCUUCACCUGCCCGCUGUGCGACAAGUGCUUCAUGAGGAGCGACCACUUGACCAAACACGCCCGCCGCCAUGCCGGCUUCGACCCCAGCAUGCUGGAGAACUCGACCGCCAAUAGGCGCCGUUCCUCCCUCUCUGCGUCCUCCUCGGAUUCUGGUGACCUGGCCGUCGCCGGGGUCUGAGGCACACCCCGUACACACGGCGGGGUUACGUAACGUUACACACACACGCUUACUGUACACACACACAUGCCUAAUUCACACACCGGAGCACAAUCAUCCUGUGGAUGUCUUUGACUUUACGUAGGCUGUGGUUCAAUGUAAGACACACACGCUGCGCUUGUACAAAGCCCUUCCUGACAGAAAGACAUGAUGAAUGUUGUAUUGUAAUGUAAAUACUGUAGUGUUAGUAGAUAUAUAGGCUAGACUUGGACUGUCAAGAGAACAUAUGUACCGACUUUGGUUUGUGUCUUUCCCUGGCAGACUAGCGGUCAUUUGUUUCUCUAAACUCUUUAUGAAAUACAAUGUGGUAAAUAGGUUCUGUUAUACUGGGCCACAAUGCCAUGUUAAAUAUUUGAUAUCAGAUCUAUACUGACAACACUCUCCAGCACAGACCAGAUUGCAAAAGAGCAGUGGACUUUGCCAUCACCAAUCUGUUACAAAUAUGUGAAUUAUAUGUGUGAUUUCACAGCGAUGUUCUCAUGAAUAUGAUUACAAAAAUAUAUUACUGUUUAUGCGCAGCUUGAGUCUUCUGUACAUGUUUUUGAGGAUCAGCAAAUAACUGAAGUAUUGUCAAAAAGGGCCCUCUGGUGGAGUGAUGUGAUAACAGUCAAUAAUUAUAGCAUAUCUUGAUAUCACAAUCACAAGCCUUUGAUGUCUGUUUUUACAAUUGAUACUUUGUUCCAUAUCCAUAAUGUAGAUAUGUGUGCCUAAUUAAUCUAGUUGUUCUAAGAAAAUAUCAGUUUUAAAGAUUCACCUCCCCAGUCACAUCUUUUUCAGCGAUCUCCUAAAGAGUUCACUGUAGGGGUAGAUCAGGUUGAGAUUGAAUGCCAUCCCAUUUGUGAACAAAUAAUAGUUGUUGUGAAUGAAUGCGUACAGUUACCUUUGUGGCUCUUGUACAGAUUUGCACAUUGCAGCAUAUAAUUGUAAAUGUGAGAUGGUGAAUAGGUUUCUAUUUACCAACACUGCUAUAUUCCACACAGUUUGUGCCUUCAUGGUCAUUUGACUAGUUUUCUAAUAUCCAUAUGAAAGGCUCAGAAUUACAUGAUACUGUGUGACUGAGACAAGUGUGUGCAUAGCAGUGUAAUUCACUGGCCAGAAGGUUUUAUUAAUAAAGAAUUAUCUUCGUA